AUGGUUUUACCUGACUCUGGAAUUGCUGGGAACAGCGCACCUCUUCCUCCGGCCAAUGGUGGUAUCAGUGAUAUGCUUUUCUUUCCAGACACACAUGAGCUUCUUUGGCUGGAAGGUGGCCGGCUGCUCCGCUCCUGGAUGGACAAAACCCAACGCCGUGAGCUCGCAGUCUUACCUGGAGAUGCCAAUGUGUCUGAGCUACUGAAUGUCACUGGGAACGGCCCAAGCUUGGGCUCUCACGGUGAAGAUGGGGCAAUUGCUUGGACACAGCAGGACUCAACGGCCGUGAUUCUCUUUGCGUCACUGGUGACCAAGAAGCUGUGGAUUGCAAGUCUUUCAUCAAUUCCACCCCGAGAACCUUCUCAUGUUGGGCCUUGGCUUCAGGUGCCUGGUGCAACUAUCGAAAGCAGCAAACCAGAUGCAUCAGGAGCUCCACUCCUGUUAGCCAGUGAUGGCACUGUUUACUGGACUGAUGCUCUCCACUUCCGUUCCUGGACUGCUUCCGCUGCCCUCCAGGCAGCUUCUGAGAACCCCACGUCCCAGUCUGCUGCUUUGGCGAACUUGACUGAAUGGGGCGAAGUCCUCUUAGCACAACGCACCGGCGAUGGUGGCCUACUGUGGGUUCGACGGCCUCCCACGGCCGCUCGUUGGCGAUUGGAGCUGAUCCUUCGCCCGGAUUUGUUGCACCUCGGACCCAACGACAACUUGGCGGAUGAAAACGUGCGGAGUCUACACGAAUUUCUGGAAGGUGAUCUUCCGUCAGGGCUGGCGGUGCCACCGAAUCCAGGGCCUGGAUUGCCGUACAGAGGUAAUUUGACUCGGCUUUUUCAGCAGGUCUAUUGGUCGAUCUCCGGGCCGGAGACGCAAGCCCGAAUUGAUCAUUUAGACAUGGAGACUGGGAAGAUCUCCACUUUAUCGUAUGCUGCUGGUCUGGAACGUCGUGGUGCCAUGACCGUGCGGCCAGGUGCUCUUAGUAUUUAUCCAAUGCCAGAAGUUUGUGUAAAUGUCGGGUGCCUCUACUUGAGAGUUUGGGAAGAAUGCAGGAUUUGUACGGAAGAUCAAUGUGACACGUGCUUCCUUGAUACUCAGGACUGGGUUGUGAAGCAAUGGUACUCCUCGCAUGGCCUCUUCUCAAAUUGCCUUUGGCUUUGGCCUGCUGAUCAGGCGGCCUGGUUUGUCCGCACCGAAGUGCAGCAAGCCAAAGAGAAAGGGCUUUUGCCCGAUGAUUUUGUGGCUCAGGAGCUUCCACCUGAAGGAGCUACUCCCCCGAGCGCUGUAGCGACGGUUCCACCUACGGUCACUAUCACGACCGCAACACCCACGGCGACUGCUUCAACGUCCACCUUUACCAUGACUUCGACCACCAGCACAUCAAUGACACUCUCCAUGACCAAUCCUUGCAUAGCACUUGAGCCGCCAGAAGGACUGCUGCCGGAUGAGACAUGCAGCGAUAUGGUGAAUGCUUGGUGUCAGGACUUGUCGAUCAACAGCAGUAUGCCACAUGCAAUUGCACCAAGCACUCUACGCCGAGAUUGUGCAACGUAUCCAUGGACCUUCAAGGCACUCUGCAAUCCACAGACGGCGCCAACUGCCCUGGCGCCUUCAAACUGCGAGCAGCCCCUGUGGAGCUAUGCGCUACUUGCCGCAGGCAUCGCGCUGAUCCUCUCUACGAUUGUGCCAUUCUUUUGGUGCGCCAGCAUGCGGAGGAGGCGGGGCCGCGGCACUGUGAGUGACCUCCCCAGCGGCCUGCGGCUGCGGGAGGCAGCCUGGGCAGAGAAAGUACCAGGCCGAGGAGCCUCAAACCUUGCGCCGAGUGCAUCCGAGCAAGCCGAGUCCGGGCAUUCGACAAAGACUCCCUGGUGGGACUUCCGUCAACGAUGGAACGCAUACGUGAAGAGGAGCAAGCAGUCGAAGCGGUGUUGCUGCAGACGACAUGAGAGAAUUCUGAAGGUGGAGAGCCCGGAGAAGUCUUGGGAGGUUGAACAGGUGGACACCGAAACACCUCCAGAUACGACCAUGAGCAUUGGCAGCCCCAGACCGAGUGCGGAUGAUUCGGUGCCACCGCAGGCUGCAUCUGUGCAACAGAUCCUCAAGGGCACCUGGCAGCCGGGCCUCAGUACUUUGAGUGCUGCUGCGGCAGCAGGGCGUCUCACAGAUGCCAUGCGCAAGUUCAUGUUGCCUGGUGCUCGUCAGGCAGAUAAAUGGCGCUUGCUGCAUGAUGUGGAAGACAUCCUUCGCACACUGGGCAGUGCCUUGCCCGCCAACCUCCGCAGUGCAGCCUGGGCCUGGCACGCAAGGCAGACUGGACGACUGCACCGAAGCUCAGCGCUGGAAACCGCUCAAGAGGAGGCGAGGUCAAUUGCAGAGGACUUUCGAGAGGAUCUCUCAAGGCGUUUGCAGAAUGGUGUACGUCAAUUGGAAGCUACUGCACUAGAAGGAAUUGAUGAUGUCCAAGAUUUUCAGAGAGCUCCCGGUCCCAAGAGCUUGCAGAAAGCUUUGAAGCUUCAAGAUGCCUUGGAGAAGCUAAAGAUCAGGAUGGAACAAGUUGAUGAAGGAGAUAGCUCGAUCAAUGCUGCGCAUUUGCUGGAUUGCUAUCAAACCUUGAUGCGCCUCAAGAAGGAUGCCGAGAAGAGUAGCGCCAACGAUGGUGCAGGCCAACGAGGUCCUGAGACUUCCAAUCUAUGGGAUGCACUGGCGCAGGAGAUUGGAGAUGUCCAAGAGGCCUUGCAAGCAAAGCUUGAGGAAAGCGGUGUUCCUUCAGGAUCGCUUCAUCUUCGCGAGUCAGACGAAGAUGAGAAUGGGACAGGAGGCCAGGGAGGCCAACAGCAGUCACGCAAGCCGGAGGCCCAGGGGUGGCUGAAAGGUCUCAAGGACGCGGCACGAAGGGCUGCCACCUUUGCGCAAAAGUUGAAGGAGCUCUCACGGAAGGACAAGGAAAAGCUUGAGGAGAUGGAGAAGAAGCUUUUGGCUGAACUGGAGUCCUGCGAGGAUGCAGCAGCAAGAGCAGGAGGAGACUCGCGAGAGAGCACAAACUGGAGGCAACUACAGAAUUCGUGGUCACAGUUGCGCGACGAACUGGAGCAGGUGCGGCAGGCACCAGAGGACACAGGGGAGAAAAGAGGCGGCCGCUUGUCAAGCUGGGCCCGAGGUCGCUCCAAAAUGAUGCCAAAACGAAGCCAAACCCAGCCGCUGCAGACGCAGGAGCUCAGUCCAGAGCUGACAGCCUCAUCCGCGCAGCUGGCAAUGCUGGAGGAGAACUUAGAGCGGCUGCGGAACAAUUUCAGGACAUCAACCAUGAGCUUGAAGGGAAAGUCGGAGAGAGAUCAACGACUUCUGAUGGCCGGAUGGCAAGAACUACAGCAACAGGAGUUGACCAAGCUUCUGGAGGCCGUGAAGUCCGCGGAGGCCCUGCUGGGAGAUGAAGAGCCUCUAGCUGGCCACUCUGUCCGCAGCCAGUGGCAACGGCUGCGAGCUGAAUUGGAGGAUGAGCUUCAAAUGUCGACACUUGGCUCGUCGCAAACGCUCGUAAGCCCGUCUGCAGGUCGCUUGUCCUUAGGCAUCGGAUCCCGACUCUCCCCCAAGAAACCUGCGCCGAACUUGGGCAUUCCGAAAGAGAUUGCAGAGGCUGCUGGCAGCUUCGUGCCGCUGAGCUACGAGUUUGCGAAGCUUCAGCCUUUGCUGCUAUUGCCUUGGCGGAUCAUUGAUGGAGGUAUCCGAAGAUAUCCGAAGUAA